AUCAAACUCAUUUGUGAUUUUAAUACAGAACUUCUUUAAUAUGAUCCAACAGUAUGUGGUCCAAACCCAUAUUCAGAAAAUGUAUUGAUGCUAAAAAUGAAGAAAGCAUUUGUAAUUUUCAUUUCACAAGCAAGGUGUAGAGAAGAUUUUAGAAAAUGAGAACAUUUUGGCUAACUCUGACAGUCUUCUUAUGGGACAUUUGCAUUUUUAAACUCCCUCCCUCCCCCACAUCAGUGAGCCUUUGUUUCAAAUAAACAUUAAGUGCUAGUAGGUAAUACAGCCCUGGAAUUAUUCAUUGUCUGAACAAAAUUAAUCCACCAUACUCCUAACCUUCUUAUGUAUCCCUCUGAAAAUUGUUUGCAGUGUUGUUGUAGCUAUGUCAGUCCCAGGACAUUAGCCAGACAAGAUGGGUAAGGUAAGUUAUUGGACCAACUUCUGUGUGAAAAUGUUAGCUGAGAGAAAAUAUUAAUGGCCUGGGAGCCAUAAAGUGGUGUGGGAAAUUAAACACUCUGGCCCCAAGCAGGGUGACUAGAUAGCAAGUGUGAAAAAUAGGGACACUUUUUUUUUCCAGGGCCGGGGGGAGAGAAUAUUUGCAUAUAUAAAACAAAGCCCCUAAUAUCUGGACAUCCAGUCACCCUAACCCCAAGCCUCAGCUCGAGAUUGGCACACAGGUUGGGAGGUGGGGUGACUGGAAAUUUUGUGCCACUUCUCCAAGCUUGAGGCUGCUCUGCCUUGGACUGGUCCUCUGAGGCUGUAUUAAUUUGUGCCAGCUGUGAGCACCCCUAGAGAGGGCCUUUAUAACAGACAGAAAAUCCUCAGGCGGGGGGAGAGCAGGAGAGAGAGGAGCCCAGGCUAGAAUGAUUCUCCUUAUUGGCUAGCAGCACAGCGCCCAGCUGCUUUAGAGGCCCAGGGCAUCCCACCCCUUAUGGUCAGUUGUGAAGACGCACACGCCUCAAUCACACCUGCUGGCUGGACUGCGGUUUGCAGACACCCCAUGUGUCGCCUAGGGGAUGCCCAGGGGGAGGGAGCAUGUCCGAUGCAAUCAGGGGUGCAGGGUAGCUCUGCGCGAACCGCUCCGUUGGUGUGGAUGGGAAGCAGGGCACUAACCAGCUGAAACCAGAAGUCGGGCAUAUUUCCCAAGCGCCUGUUUGGGAGCCAGGCACGGGCCUGAGCAGGGCCCCAACGUGGGGAGGGGGAUGCAAAGCAGCUGGAACCAGGCAGGGAGUGAGGGUGGCCCAUUGUAAACCGGCUCGCCGCGGGCUCCACACACCUCACCUGCUGCCGCAACCGGGAGCCAAGUUUCGCUUCUCCGUAAAGGAAACCGAAACUGCCCCUUCCUUUCCCGCAGCCAGCAGCGCCUGUCACAUGCUCCCCGCUAUUAAAUGGAGCCCGCGCCCCUGCCCUGCGCCCCAGAGCGCUGCAGCCCCGCACCGCCAUGCACCUCGCCGAGAUGCGCACCUUGCCCCAGGCGCUGGCGAUGCUGCUCCGGGUCCUCCAUGCGCAGCUGAGCGCCCUGUGGCUCUGCCUGGCGCCCUUCUCCUGCUGGUUCCGGGGGGCGCUGCUGCCCGGGAGGAGCCCCCCGCUGCUGGAGGAGGGCGCUGGGGAGCCGGAUGGCGCCGAGGUGCCCACGGUUCCGACCAGCGUCAACUAUCACUUCACCCGCCAGUGCAACUACCGCUGCGGCUUCUGCUUCCACACGGCCAAGACCUCCUUCGUGCUGCCCCUCGAGGAAGCCAAGAGGGGGCUGACCAUGCUCAAGGAGGCGGGUAUGGAAAAAAUAAACUUUUCAGGAGGAGAGCCAUUUCUGCAAGACAGAGGAGAAUUUGUGGGCAAAUUGGUCCAGUUUUGCAAGCAGGAACUAAAACUGUCAAGUGUCAGCAUUGUGAGCAAUGGCAGCAUGAUUAGAGAACGAUGGUUCAAGCGUUACGGUGACUACCUAGACAUUCUUGCAGUUUCCUGUGAUAGUUUUGAUGAGGAAGUCAAUGUUUUAAUUGGCCGUGGACAAGGAAACAAGAACCACAUUGAGAAUCUCCAAAGACUGAGAAAGUGGUGCCGAGAUUAUGCUGUGGCUUUUAAAUUAAAUUCAGUAAUUAAUAGAUUUAAUGUUCACGAAGAUAUGAAUGAACAGAUUAAGGCACUAAAUCCUGUCCGAUGGAAGGUAUUCCAAUGCCUGCUCAUUGAAGGAGAGAAUACAGGUGAAGAUGCACUGAGAGAAGCAGAGAAAUUUAUUAUUAGCGAUGAAGAUUUUGAACGAUUCCUAGAUGGCCAUAGAGAGGUCUCAUGUUUAGUACCAGAAUCUAAUCAGAAGAUGAGAGACUCAUACCUCAUUCUGGAUGAAUAUAUGCGUUUUCUGAACUGUAGAAAUGGACGGAAAGAGCCUUCCAAAUCUAUCCUAGAUGUAGGCGUAGAACAUGCUAUAAAAUUCAGUGGAUUUGAUGAGAAGAUGUUUCUGAGUCGAGGAGGAAAAUAUGUGUGGAGUAAAGCAGAUAUGAAGCUAGAAUGGUGACUCAAAAGUACUUUUUUUAUUACACAUGCGCUUUGUAGUACUAUAAUAAUAAUAAUAAUUGUUUUUAACAUAAGUAUUGUAUGUAUGUUUGUUAUUUUUAUGCUUUAUAUAUAUGCCAAAGACCAUUUUUAAUUAAAAGUAAUGUUAAUUGCAGAGAAAAUAGUGUAUGUAACUUUAAAUUUUAGCUUGCAUAAAACUAAUUUUUUUGAAAUUUAGAUUGUUUUUAUCUACUCUGUACUCAGAGAUUACUAAAUAAUGAUUGAAUUUAGAUAUGAGAUGAUCUCCCAAAUCUAGUACCUACCUAAUCUCUUAAAAUUCGUAGACUACACCUUCCACUAUGGUAAAAUAUAUUGUAAAAAUAUAGGUAGUUCUAGGCAUAAAGAGUAUUGCAUUAAAUAAGAAAAAGGCAUAUAGGAAAUAGUUUUAAAAUAAUAAAUCAAUGACCAAGAAAAACAAAAACAACAAAUGGAACAUCAUAAUAUGCUUCUUUAAUUACCAGUUAGGUAGAUUUCUUACCAUGAAGCUUGUUCUGCCUAGUUCUUAAGAAAUAACAAGUUACAAUUCCAGGCUACGUCACUGGGGGCAAAUCAGUAGCCCUUUGAAGACAAUGCUGACUUUUUCUUGAGUAAGAACUGUUGAAUUGGGCUAGUUACCAUAAUAUAUGACUGAGACAUAGGCUAAAUUAAGUUAAAUGGAAACCAGCACCUAGUGAAACCUCCAAUUUUCACUUUGCAAACAUUUAUUUGUGAAAGCGCAUAUUUCCUCCAGUAUUUGUAAAUGUCAUGCAGAGUGCAGUUUUUGUGUGUUUACUAGAGAACACUACUUUUGUCAGGGGAGAAUAUGAAAUUUUUCCCAAAACAUAAUCAUGUUUUUACCCUUGAUGGAAACUAUUAUUUCACUAGAAACUGACAGUGUUUCCCAUGGGAAAUAGCCUUUUGUCUUAACAAAAAGUAUUCAAGGUGAAAACCAAAUAUUUUGCUUUUUACAUGAAUCCACUAAAAUCUUACUUUUUAAAUGAUUUCCCCCCCACCCCAUCCAGCUCUUCUGGGGGAGCUCUAUUAGAGAGAGUGGACAGAAUUCUGUAAUGGCUGCCUUGUGUUAAAGACAUGCUAGCAUUAUUAGCUGUAUAUUUUGAUAAGCCAGGAAGUCAGAAACCACAAAGUUCACAUACCAUAUGUCUUCAUUUAGAAGCCAGCUUGGCUUAGUAAUCACCCUUAUUUAGUAGCUGCACCAAUAACAUACAGAGUGUAAGUGAAACCAAUUAAAUUUAAUAACAGCCACCUUUAAUUUAAAGGAGUAGCAUCAACUUGAAAUACAGUAAACUCAAAAACACGAGUUAGAAGUAAUUUCAGUUAUUACACUUGUGCCUGAGCCCCGCUGCAAACUGUUUACAGUUGUUUUUCUAUUUUUUUUUAAUUCCCUUCUUCAUUUUUUGUGUGAAAAACUCUACAAAUGGGGAACUCACUGAGGACCCUAUCCUGCAGAAACUUAUGUGUGAGUAACUUUACUCAUUCAGAUAGUCCCGUUGAACUUAGGCCUGGCCUUGGAAUCUAUGAAAGGGAGAAGUAAUUAAAUGUAAUAGAAGCCACAGCUUCUAGAUAGAGUUUUAUGCUAUUACGCCCUGCUGAAAAAAUGGGAAAAUACUUUUAAAUAGUAAUUCCUUAGGUCUGUAUUUUAUUGUCCUAACCAUAAUGACAUAGAGCCCUUAAAGAACAAAAGAGUGCCGAGAGAAUUCUGCAAUCAUUAUGGUGUCUAUACAUAGAUUUUUAUUUUUAUUUUUUUUUUCUCAAGGCAUUUUAACUGCUCCAGAUUAAAAAGCUUGAUCCCACAAUCUUUAGGCAAAAUUCCUCAUUACCUCAGUUGGAGUUUUCCCUGUGUAAAGACUGUGGGACAACACCCAAAGUAUAUACUUGUGUCCUUGAAUAUGAUUUUUUCUUAUGGCUAAAAUCUUGGAUCCAACAUAUAUCCUCUGCAGCCAGGCUGUGAGCUGAGGAGUUGGAAUUUUCUGUGAUUGCUGGUCCAGCCCCAGCUUGAGGAAUGGCUAGUGUAUCCUUCAGAGUAGCAGCCGUGUUAGUCUGUAUCCACAAAAAGAAAAGGAGUACUUGUGGCACCUUACAGACUAGCAAAUUUAUCUGAGUGUAAGCUUUCGUGAGCUACAGUAUCCUUGUAUCAUUAAAUCCAUCAGCCUACUGCUAACCCAAAAUGCCUGCUGCAUAGCAGCAUGCAGGGAGCCUCCUCAGCUAUGAGCCACACACACAGAAGUAUUCAAUCCCUAUGCAGGCUCUUUUAAUCUUGCCACCCUUCCUGCUGCUCUGUCAUUUGCACAAGAGAAAUGCAACAGUUUUGCUACAGGAAUAAAAGAGUUAGAGAGAAGAUGCUAAAAGUGAAUAGAAAAGCAACUACAAAAAUUCAUACAUUUAGAAACAUUUAAAAGAAUGAUAAAGAACCAAAAUUUUCAGAGAAUGCUGUGAAGAGAGUUCUGAUUUGUGUUCUUACUUUUCACAUGGAAUUCAGUCCUGUGGGAUUUUCAUUGUCUUUACUACAGUGUGCAAUAAAAAACCCCAAACCUACUGUAUGUGAUAUUGCUUCAAAGGAGAUGAAAAUUGUCUGCACCAAUGAGAACCUGCUUUAAUUUUUAACAUACUUCGAAGGCCAACCCUUAGCAGUGAAUAGACACUUUUAACAAAAUGAAGGGUUUUUAUCUAUAGCUAUAAGUUUCAGUAUUAAUCUAGAAUGAUCUGCUAGAUACAGUAUAUGGAUGUGGUUCCUAUUAGAACAAGUUGUAUAUUUUAGGCCCUGAUCCUACAAAGAUUUAUACACACACUUGACUUUAAAUAUGUGACUUUAGGUCUCAAUCCUGCAAACACAUAUGUGUUUAACUUUACUAGCAUGAGUAGUCUCAUGGUAGUCAAAAACAUGCAUAUGUGUUUGCAGGAUCAGGCAUUAGUUUGCACAGUAACUUGUUAGCACUUUUAUUGCUUUUCGUAUUAGGAAAAGUGACAGGUAAUAAGAGCUCAAUGCACUUGAACUCAGUGAGAAUUUUUCCUGAGUAAGUAAUGUAGGAUAUGCUCUAUUUGAUGUGCUUUGCUUUCAUUAUAAAGUGUAACUGUAAUAUUUUAGUAUGUUGCACAAAUAUGGUGAUGAAUUUAUUUAUUAUUACUACUGAAAAUUUUUAAAAAUGUUUUGUAAAAAAUUAAUAUAUUCUGCAUUGUAAUAAAGUCUUUUAACUUUCUUAAA